ACCAGUUGACGCUCGGACAAUAGGCAUCUGGGGUGAGCGUCGGACUAUAAGUGUUUGAGUGUGGGCGAGCAGCGCUUCGUAGUAUGGAUUCUGUAAGAUGGCUUGCUGUCACACUUGCUGCCUUGGGCAUUCAAAUGGCACGAUCUCAUGUGUGCCCGCCUGGCUGGUGGGACUGGCCGUCAGGAACAAGCUGUUAUAAGAUCACCACGUCAACGAUGUCAAAAUCCUGGACAGACGCCCGCCUUUCAUGUCAAGCUUACCAAGGUGACCUCGUCGUUAUCAACUCUGCGGCUGAGCAGUCUUGGUUAAGGACUCAGUUUCGCCUGAUGUCUAUGGCAGACCCGGACCUUGCCCAAUGGUGGGGCGGAGCUACAAACUUGAACGAAAGGAACCAGUGGACCUGGAUAGAUGGGUCAGUGGCGUCUAGCCAAGCAAGUCCUUGGCAGAAAGGCCAACCUGAUAACCAUAAAGGCAGCGAGCACUGUGUUUACGUGAAAGAUGGAGGAUUGAACGAUGAAGAUUGUGCUGUGACUAUGCCCUACGUCUGUGAACGUUGGAAAAACGUGACCUUGAAAUGUGACAUUGACAGUGGUUGGGAAAACUAUCACAACUACUGCUACAAAUUCUUCACAACGAAGAGGAGUUGGAGAGAAGCUCACGAUGUGUGUGAUAACGAAGGUGGUCGUUUAGCUACAGUUUUACUGGAUUCUAUAGAGCGCCAUGUCAUCGACUCUGUUAACAACAAACAGCAGAACGCUUGGAUAGGCCUGCGAUCAGUACCUUCAGAUGCAGGGCCAAUGUGGCGAUGGACUUACUUGAACAUUCCGCUUAGGAAUGGUUACUGGGCGGUCGAGGAAGCCUCAGUGAUACAGAAAGAUUCAGAGAACAGCAGUUGUGCUGAGGUCGUGGCGGGCAAAAGAUUGAAUACGCUUAAAGCCUGGAACAACGCGGACUGCUCUCAGCGUAAAGCCCACAUUUGUGAAAAGCCAGAAGGUGUCUGCGCUGAAGGAUGGAUCCAGUACCAGAGCAAGUGUUACGAGAUCCAAAUUGCCCACCGACUCACCUGGUCCCAGGCCUAUGACUACUGUAGAGCUCACGGAACGAAUGGCUCUCUGGUUGAGAUUAACAGCCCACUGGAACAAAGUUUCAUGAACAAACUACUGAAUGAGCUAAAGGAGAGUGGAGUUCGUCAGAUGUGGAUAGGUUUAAUGGAUGAUGAAGCAGGGGGUGUUACUUACGGAUCGGGAGCUGCCAUCGGCAGCUAUAAAAACUGGGACAAGGCGCCCUCUGACACACCUAACAAAUUCGACUGUGGCAUGAUCUACACAGGUGACAAGCAAGGGAAGUGGUCACUUACAACGAGCUGUUUCCAGUUGAGGCCAUUCAUCUGCCAGCUGCCAACUAAUGUACCCGUUCAAGCUGUGACGACACCAAAACCCGAGAUGAGUUGUGAACCUGGCUGGGCCCUCUAUAUGAACCAAUGUCUGCUGUUCAAUGACACUGUCCUAGACUGGAUGGAAGCUCAACACGCAUGUCAAGGACAAAGUGGCCGGCUUGUUUCAGUCCAAGAUGAAUCAAAACAGAGUUUCAUAAACGGUCGCAUUUCCUCAGCAGUGAUGUGGACAGGCCUAAAUGACCGAAGUGAAGAAGGGUCAUUUAACUGGGCAGAUGGAACAAUGACAACAUUUACCAACUGGUACUCAGGUUACCCUCACAAGAAAGGGGAGAUGAACUGUGUUGGCAUGGUGUCAGAAUCCGGACACGCUGGCCAAUGGAAAGACCUUGCCUGUAACGCCAAGCAUGGUUUCAUUUGCCAAAAGCCAGCCUUGAUAAACGGUGUAACUCCUGCCCCUGGAUCUACCCCUACCACACUCACAUGGAGUGCUCGGUGUGGACCGAACUGGGAAGAGGACAUCAACCUUGGUUUCUGUUACUCCUUUCAAGAUAGGCCUCUUUCUUGGCUCGACGCAGGCCAGUGGUGCUCUCAGAACGGGGGACAGCUUGCUAGUAUCACCACUAUACAGGAACAGUACUUUAUAGCCGGACGAGCAAGGAGUAUGUCAUCGUUUGCGGUGUGGAUUGGAGCAAAUGACCGUGAUGAUAACAGGUGGAUGUGGACGGACGGGUCACCUUUCGCUUAUCUCAACUGGAAACCCGGUGAGCCCAACAACCCAUCCAGCGAGAACUGCGUGAACAUUGUGGUAAGCUCAGGUCUCUGGAACAACUACAGGUGCGAUUCGAGAAACGGGUUCGUCUGCAAGAAGUCCAAUGGGAUUGGGCCGCCAACAUCCGUCAAACCGACGACAACUGUCCAAGCUGGCAUGACAUUCGGUUGUCCCAAGGGAUGGAACAGCUACAAGAACAAGUGUUAUUUAUUUAAGUCUCAGCGAGGAGAUCAACCUGCUGCUGUGCUCCAGUGUCGCCAGUUAGGCGCAGAUCUGGUCAGUAUCGCUGAUGUCGACGAACAAAACUUUAUAUCGAGUCAAGUGAAAGGUUAUGGUCAGUACUGGAUUGGACUAAAUGACCGAGAAAUAGAGUGGACAUACCGUUGGACAGACGGCGCUCCUGUAACAUUCACUUCCUGGUCACCGUCCGAACCGAACAACUUCGAGAACAAAGAUGAAGACUGCGUUACGAUGUAUGCCUACGGCAAGCACAGCUGGAAUGACCAGCUGUGUAACUUCCAGGCUCAGGGUUACGUGUGUAAGUCGCCGCAGAAGCCCGUCACAUCAACAACAGUUAUUCCAGGAUGCCCACCUUCGGCUUACCUGUAUGAAGGAAACUGUUACUCUUUUGUGGACACAAGGAAGUCAUUUACGGACGCAGAGAGACAGUGUGUAUCUCUGGGUGGACAUCUUGCUACAAUAGCUGACAAGUAUCAACAGGCCUACCUAUCCAGUGAGCUGUCGGGGUUAACGGGUCAGUACUGGAUCGGCUUGAAAAAAAUUUCCAAGAGAUACACCUGGACGUCCAAACAAAACCUAACGUACACUUUCUGGUCCAAGGCUCACACAGGACUGGAGAAAAACACAUGUAUAGCCAUGUCUACGGACAAACCUGUGGGUGUGUGGCAGGAUGUGGACUGUCACCGCUCUAUGGGGUUUAUCUGCCAGGUUCGUCAGGGUGGAUACACAACCCCACUCCCCACCACAGCAGCCUCCACCCUCAGGCCGGUAACCUGCCCUUCGGGCUGGCAGGAGCAUCAGGGAUACUGCUACAAGGCCUUCUAUAGUGUGGUGCCAAAAGACAGGCUAAUGUGGUCGGAAGCUGUGGCAAACUGUCGCGGUUAUGGUGGAGACCUGGUCAGUUACCAAAACAAGUCGGAGGAAGACUUCGUGUAUCAGAGCGUCCUCAAGUUCUAUUGGCGUGGUGGGGAUUUCUGGAUAGGAUUGUCGUCUCGAGAGCUUCUUCAAGGUUACCACUGGUCUGAUGGUAGCCCCUUCGGGUAUAAUAACUGGGGUCCUGAUCAACCAGAUAACAGGAAUGACAGAGCGAACUGCGUGGCGUAUAAUCAGAAAAACAAUAACUGGUUCCAUGUGAGCUGCUUUGUGGCUAACAACUGGAUUUGUAAGCUUAAAAAGGGUGUGGUUCCACCCACAAGCGUGGUCCCGCCAACCGCAGUGUCAGCACCGUCAUGUGGAGGACCUGAUUCUAAGUGGAAGUAUUACAGAGGGAUGUGUUACUUCGUGAGUGUGUCGGACAAGAAAACCUGGUACGAAGCUCGAGAUUGGUGUCACCAAAAUGGCGCUCAUCUGACCAGCAUCCACAGCAAAACAGAGAAUGACGUUCUGACCAGUCUGACUGCCAAACUGACCUACGGCAUUUACUGGAUUGGACUGAAUAGUUUAAACCUGGAUGGGUUCAAGUGGUCGGAUUCAACCAUGGUGGAAUUUGUCAACUGGGCUAAAAAUGAACCCAACGAUGGUUAUGGUGGUCAAAGAUGUGUCGACUUCUACAAUUUUAAUGGAGGUUGGAACGAUGAUAAUUGUGCUGACAAGAAUGAAUUCAUCUGCCGCAAAGUUAACGGUUCAUACUCACCCCUGCCCACUGUAGCUACAACAGUACGGCCCGGAAACUGCCCUAAGGGUUUCCAUGGAUACAAAAGCAAAUGUUUCUUUUUGGGCGGGAAUACACGGUCAUCAUUACUAAACUGGACUGCAGCGCAUGACAAGUGCCGCUCAUUCGGGAGUGGCUAUGAAAUAGCUUCCGUCAGCAACGACCAAGAACAAGCCUUCCUCACAAGUUUGCUUGGGGGAUGGAACACCAGCUUGUGGAUUGGACUGAAUGAUCUUAAGCACGAAAACCAGUUUAGCUGGGUGGAUAAUUCGGAGAAUUCCUACUUCAACUGGGCGAAGGGUGAGCCGUCUGGGAGGAUGUACGGUUUCCAGCAGGAAGACUGUGUUCAUAUGUAUGCCAUCGACUACCACGCUGGGAAAUGGAACGACGAGAACUGUGAUCUGCUGCAUGGUUACAUAUGUCAGGUGUACAAAAGUCCAUCAUUCCCUAACCCUGAAACAACCCCCUUACCGUCCUGGUGUAAAUCAGGUUACACUCUGUACGGGAAGAAUUGCUACAAACUAAUGCCAGAUCCCGUCAGUUGGUUUCGCGCCAAGUCCACCUGUCGUCUGGAUGGUUCCGUUCUGGCCUCCAUCACUAGCGUAUACGAAGAGAGCGUUGUUCGAGUGCUAACACAGGAUAUAAACCAACCAGUCUGGAUCGGUAUGCACGAUGCUGAGGUGUCCGGAACUUAUGAAUGGAUAGACAACUGGCCUAUCUUUUACACCAACUGGGCCCAAGGGGAACCUAGUAAGGAUAUCGGAGAAGGAUGUGUGUCUCUUCUGCCAAACGGGAAGUGGAACGACACAAUAUGCGGUCAGCAAUUCCUGCCAGUGUGUAAACUUAGUGCGGACAAACCUCCGCCAGUGACCAGCCCUUACCCUGGCCACUGUGCAGACAAGUCCUGGAAUAAGUGGGGAGACAUGUGUUACUAUGUGCAAAUGUCACCAAGGAGUUCCUGGCCCGAGGCUAAGUUUACCUGUGAGAGGAAGGGGAUGCAACUCGUCAGCAUUCACAGCAGGACAGAGGCAGACUAUGUCUACAAGCUGGUCAUGAAGAAGAAGCCGAGAUAUGGCAGUUCAAAUGUAUGGAUUGGUCUACUGAAAGGUGUUACGACCGGAUUCCAAUGGGCAGACAACUCGUAUGUAGAUUUUGUCACGUGGGAGGAAGGUGAGCCUUCAGAUGUGAACGGAACUCACCAUGAAGAUUGUGCAGAGCUUCAGACGAGCACAGGUCACUGGAACGAUUUACCUUGUACAACAGAUAGGGGAUUUGUCUGCAAGACUCCCGCACUCGGAAUCCCGACUACCUCUACCAGUGUGGCUACGACAACUCGUCAAAGGAUCUUACCAGCCACAUCGGCGCCCCCUAGAAGAUCGGCCCAACCCACCCAAGCAUCCACCUUAAUGCCGUGGGUACCGAGAAAAACUUUAUCAAACUCUGACCACAGUCGGCCCAUUUCCAAUCACCAACAAGCUCAAGGUUCUUCCAACACGAGUGCCGGUACGAUCGUAGGCAUCUGUGUUGGAGUUUUGCUGGCUCUUGCAUUGGUGGCUGCUGUGCUAAUCGUGCUGAAGCGACGUCAAAGAUUUGUUUACAAAAGCGGACAUCCUACAACCAGCUUUGACAAUGUUCUCUAUCCCACCUCGAGUGAUGGCGUUAGUAUACAGGAAGAUCUCGGCAACACAAACAAUGGGCAUUUACAAUCUAGCUCCACAUGAUACAUUUUUAUGCAUUUGCUUGUUUUUCAUUGCUCUAUCGUCUCCUAUAUUUCCCAUACCGGACGUCUACGCCAAUGGCGGCUAAACAACUGUAAUUAGGCAACCUAUUCUGAGUCGUUUUCUAAUUGGAAUAUUGUUGAUUUAAGUACGUCUUGAUCUUCUCCUGCACUACAUAAGCCGCAAAUGUGCUUUCUGACCCUGUCCCAAGUUUUCAUCUCUCCUUGAGCGAUAACUUUGAUGCUCAGCCUAAAACCCACCAACCAGUUCUCGAGUUAUUCUAUUCUUUAAGUCAAAACCACCUCUGCAUCCUAAUAGACCUAAUUAACUCCCAUGAUCCUCCAUCACAAUUGUUAAACUUUUGUUAUCGUAUUUGUUAUUUGUUUUUUUUUGUGGAUAUAAGAAAAAUAAACUUACUUUACUAUAAAAUGAA